AUGGCAGCUGUGAGUGAUAAUAUUAAAAUCGUACGCUCUCUUGUGCAACAACUCCGCCGAGUCUCGCAGAACAGGAGUACGAAGGAGAAUGCCAUGUUGCAGUAUGUCAUGGAACAGGCGCAUGUUCACAAGGAAACGUCCGAGGUGUUGUGCAAAGCUAGGGAGGAGUUGAAGAAUCUGGCGGAAAUAUAUCUUUGUUAUCUGAAGUCUCAGCAAACAUACAAAGACAUUCAGAAACAAUACGCUGGUAAAGGUGAACGUAGUAUAAAAGAAACUGCGGACCUUGUGGGCUUUAAAUUGCCCCAUGAUCCAAAAUAA